AGCAUCCGUCCAAUGAGGCGCUCCCGUCCGUCUCGUCCCGCCCGCCCCUCGCUGCCUCAGAAGAGGUCUUUUUAAUCCAAGUGGAUUAUGUUGCAAAUUGGGUGAGCUGCUGCAAAAUCUCCAGCGAGACGCCGGAAGCCGUGUCCGCCCUCUCGCUUCCAGAACCGCGAGCCGACGUCAUGAGGAAGAACUCGCCGGAACCCGGAGGAACCCGGAAGACGGGGCGGCAAGAACGGGCCGACUGUUGAAGAUCUCCAGGACGACGGUGAGGAGCUUUCGUGAGGAUCUAGAAGAAGCGGAACCUUGAUGACGAGCAACAGGCCGGUGUUGACCCGGGAGCCCGUGUGAGGAGGCGUCAUCCGUUCUCUUAAGUCCUCCUGAUGAACCCCGGUGGUCUUCUCAGGAAGCAGAAUGGAGAGCAGGUCCAAAACGCACAGAGUUCUAGGAUUCUUCUUCCUGUGGAUCGGCGUUCAAGCGCAGAUGAAGAUACCGCCAGAGACUGUGCAGCAGUGGGCGUCCAUCUUCUCGUCGCAGCUUCGAGAUCUUUCCACCAAAUAUUCGGGAUCUCUUCUCCUGCAGAAGAAACUGAAGGACGUGGAGCCCAUCGUCAAGAUGGUGGACGUGGACGGAGGCGAUCUGGUCAAGGAUUACGCAGACCAGAUCGAACGCAUGCUGGGCAGCAAAAUGAAGUCGGUCAAGAGGUUAGCUGAGUCUGCGGAAGACGCCGACCUCUACCACGAUUUCAACGCGUCCUUAGAGUUCGACUACUACAACUCGAUGCUGAUCAACACGGCGGACGAGGACGGCAACUUCGUGGAGCUGGGCGGCGAGUUCCCGCUGGAGGACAACGAGCACUUCGACAAGAUGCCCGUCAACACCCAGCAGAGCGCCAUCCAGGUGCCCACCAAUGUCUACAACAAAGACCCCGACAUCCUGAACGCCAUCUACAACUCGGAGGCCCUCAACGACGUGUUCGUGGGAAACUUCCAGAAGGACCCCACGCUCACCUGGCAGUACUUCGGCAGCUCCACCGGCUUCUUCAGGAUCUACCCGGGCAUCAAAUGGACUCCGGACACCAACGGCGUGGCGGCCUUCGACUGCAGGAACCGAAACUGGUACAUCCAGGCGGCGACGUCGCCCAAGGACAUCGUCGUCAUGGUGGACAUCAGCGGCAGCAUGAAGGGCCUGAAGAUGACCAUCGCCAAGCACACCAUCAACACCAUCCUCGACACGCUGGGCGAGAACGACUUCGUUAACGUCAUCGCCUACACAGAUUACGUGCGCUACGUGGAGCCGUGCUUCAAAGGAACUCUGGUCCAGGCCGACCUGGACAACAGGGAGCACUUCAAGAUGCUCGUGGACGAGCUCCACGUGAAAGGGGAAGCGAAGAUCAAGAACGCCAUGAAAGAAUCCUUCAAGAUCCUCAACGAGGCGCGCGUGAACGGGCAGGGCAGCAUGUGCAACCAGGCCAUCAUGCUGAUCACCGACGGCGCCAUGGAGGACUUCCGCUCCGUCUUUGAGGAGUUCAACUGGCCCGACCGCAGGGUGCGCGUCUUCACGUAUUUAAUUGGCAGGGAGAUGACCUUUGCCCAAAACACAAAGUGGAUCGCGUGCAACAACAAAGGUCAAAUUGCUCUUUGUGUGUGUGUGUGCUUGUGUGUGUGUGUGUGUGUGUCUUCACUCCUCUGUGUUUGUGUGUGUGUGUGUGUGUGUGUGUGCGUGUUUGUGUAUGCGUGGGCACAUGCGCGCACAUGCGUGUUUCCAGGCUACUACACGCACGUGUCGACGCUGGCCGACGUUCAGGAGAACGUGAUGGAGUAUCUGCACGUGCUGAGUCGUCCGAUGGUCAUCAACCACGAUCACGACAUCAUCUGGACCGAAGCCUACAUGGACACGGUGCUUCCCAAAACUAAGGAGCUGUUCAACACCAAGGCCCAAAGUCUGCUGCUCAUGACGUCGGUGGCCAUGCCCGUCUUCAGCAAGAAGAAGGAGACGCUGUCCCACGGAAUCCUGCUGGGCGUGGUGGGCACCGACGUUCCCCUCACGGAGGUCAUGAAGCUUGCGCCCAGAUACACGCUGGGCGCUCACGGCUACGCCUUCCUCAUCACCAACAACGGUUACAUCCUGGCGCACCCCGACCUCCGACCUCUGUACAAGGACGGCAAGAAGCUGAAGCCCAAGCCCAACUACAACAGCGUGGAUCUGUCCGAGGUGGAGUGGGAGGACGCCGACGAGACGCUGAGGACGGCCAUGGUGAGGGGCGAGACGGGAAGCCACAGCCUCAACGUCAGAGCGUCCGUGGAGAGCGGGAGGCGACCUCUCUACCUGGUCAAUGAAUAUUUCUACACAAACAUUGACGACACUCCUUUCAGCUUCGGCAUGGUGCUGACCCGAGGUCACGGGAAGCUCAUGUUCGUGGGCAACGUGUCGGUGGAAGAAGGGCUCCAUGACCUGACCUCUCCGGACCUCAGCAUCGCCUCCGAGUGGACGUACUGCGAGACGGACAUCGACCCCGCCCACCGCAAGUACACGCAGCUGCAGGCGGCCGUCCGCUACCUGCUGGGCAAGGAGCCCGACCUGGAGUGCGACGAGCUGCUGCUUCAGCAAACGUUGUUUGACGCGGUGGUGACGGCGCCCAUGGAGGCUUACUGGAACGCCAUCGUGCUCGACGACAGGGUGGAGCCCGGCGUGGAGACAGCCUUCCUGGGCACGCGCGCAGGCCUGAUGAGGAUCAUGAGAUACGCCGGCGUGGAGACGCGCGUGGCAAAGAAGUUCUUGACCCCGGUGGACAAGGACAACCUUUUCACGGUGGACCACUUCCCGCUCUGGUACCGACUGGCCGCAGAGAACCCGCCCGGAAGUUUCUUCUACUACCCCGUCAACGACAAAGGGGUGAAGUUCGUGGUGGCCACCACGUCGGUCACCGUGUCGGCGCAAGGGAAGACGGCCAUGGCCGGAGCUGUGGGCCUGCAGAUGUCAUUGGACUUACUGGAGAAGACUUUCUGGGCCAUCACCAAGCAGGCAAGCGACACAGAUUGUUCCAACAUCGAAGGAUUGUGUCCCCUCAGCUGUGAGAGUGAUGACCUCAGGUGUUUGUUGGUGGACAAUCACGGUUUCAUCCUGCUGUCCAAGGAGAGGAAGGAGGUGGGCCGCUUCCUGGGCGAGCUCGACGGCAGCGUGAUGUCGACGCUCAUCAAGAUGGGGAUGUACAAAAAAGUGUCACUGUUCGACUACCAGGCGAUGUGCAAGAACAGCCACCACCACGCCAGCGGCGCUCGGACUCUGCUCGGGCCCUUCUACGUGGCCGCGGCGAUCGCCCGAUGGAUCUUUUCCAACGCGCUCAUGUUCUUGUUGGACUUGAACUUGUGCGGUUUGUGGCACUCGGACUACUUUGUGGACGCCAAGGCUGGAUAUCACACCACUCACAAGCAGAAGAAGGUGGAGGCUCUGGUUCCCUGCGAGACGGCGUAUCCCGGCUUCACGUACGACACGUCCAUCAAGGAGGCCAACAGCAUCAUCAAAUGCGGACGCUGCCAAAAGAUGUUUGUGGUGCAGCAGGUUCCCGACACCAACUUGCUGCUGGCGGUGACCGAAGCAAACUGCGACUGUUCCCGCCAGUACGGACCCAUCCCGCUGGAGCCCAAAGAGAUCAAAUAUAUCGCCACAGUCAAGUGCAACCGGAUGAAGUCGCAGAAAGUGCGCAGGCGCCCCGAGUCUUGCCACGCCUACCACCCCAAGGAAAACGCAAAGGAUUGUGGGGGCGCCUGCAGCAUCAGCCUGUCAAUCAAGCUUUUCUCCGCCUCCCUGCUCCUUUCUGGGUCCCUCCUCCGCAUGACGUAGCCACAGCGACUGGCCAAUAAGGAGGCGGCGGUGGGUCCUGAAGCAGGAAGUAGAUUUAUUUGGGCAGAUGGAGACAGACCUCGUUUCCUGUCAGCAGGGGAAGAUUUCGCCAGAAAAGCAGAGCAGCUUGUUGCCGUGACGGGAGACAUUUUGGGAGAAACUAUGGCGCCCUCUGCUGGAUAGAUUUGAUCUAAGCCUUUACUUCUUCUGGAGCAGGCUAAAUGUUUUUUUUCUUAACAUUGCUUAAUGGAAACUAUAUUUGAGUAGCUAGAAAAUUCACUACAUAAAACCAAUGGAUUGAUAUCUAAGUUUCAAAUUAGUCAUUUUAAUCCUACAAGAAUCAUUUUAGUGGAAAAGUUUUUUUUCUUUGUGAAAUAAGGUCUUUGUAAUAACAAAAUUAUGUGAGCUGUUUUUUUUAAAAAAUGUAUGUCAGACAAAAUAAGUAAUGAUCCAAUGAAAACAUCCAUCCAUUUUCUUUACUGCUUCUCACGCAGGUCGCGGGAGGGGGUGUACACCCUGGACUGGUCGCCAGCCAAUCGCAGGGCGCAUCAAAACAAACAACCAUACACACUCACCUACGGGUAAUUUCGAGUCCUCAAUCAACCUAGCACACAUGUUUUUGGGAUGUGGGAGAAAACCGGAGUGCCCGCAGAAGAGCCACGCGGGCACGGGGAGAACAUGCAAACUCCACACAGGCGCGGCUGGGAUUUGAACCCCGGUCCCCAGAAAUGUGAGGCAGAUGUGCUAACCGGUCACUCUCCGUGCCGGCCCAAUGAAAACAUUGAUCAGGAAAUCACUAAAUUGUACAAGAAUAAAGAAGCUGAAAUUGUACUUGGAGCUUCAUACAAAAAAGUCAAUCUUAUGAAUGUCAGAAAUGUAGUUUGUUGAAAACAUUUUUUUUUUUUAAAUGUAAAAAGACUCAACUUUACACAAAUAUAGUUGAAGUUUUCAAAAAGUUAGAAUUGUAGAUGUUUUUUUAUUACUAUUUGUUUUUAUUUUUUAAAAAGUAUCGUUAAUAGCAACGUUUUGAUGUAAUUCUGCAAUUCAUUCUGGGGAUAAAACGUCAUAAUACGACAGACAAAUGUAUUUUCUUUUCAAUUUUUAUUUUCUUUGAUAAAAACAAAGUACUUUUGGGCAAAAAAAAAAAUCUAUCAAGUCAAGAAGAAAGCAGAAUGUUCUGGUCAGUGUAAAAAUGUUUAGUUUAGACCACUGACGUUUUAUUCAGGAAUUCAGAAUCCAAAAUGACAACUCUGAAUAAAUAAAUAAAUAAGCAUGAAUUUUAAAUUUUUCGCCUUCAUGUCAACUUUAUUUUGUCAUUCUCAAAAUAAGUUAACUUCCAAAACGUUCAUGUCACGUCACAUCAGGCGGGGCCCGCAGCGCUAAGUCACUUGCGGUGAUAUUGGAAUUUAUUUUUUAAAAAACAGCUAUUUUUAUGAAAUUAUAGACAGAUUAUGGGGGGGGGGGUGAUAUGCAUAUGGAGUGUCUGCCCACCUGUCAAGUGUGAAGUCAAUCUUUAUUGUUAUGUGAUGAUUUCUGAAAAAUGUCUGUGAGCGGUCCCUUCUCAACGUUGCCCAAUUGUGACAUCACACUGAGGUCAAUUUACAUAUGAACCACACCCACCUGAGUGUCUCAGCCAAUGACAUGAUGAUGCGGACAUGACCAAGUUCCAGAACUAAAGAACCACUUUGGGUGAAACACUAUUGUGUCAAAGUCAAAAGGUAAGCAGAGCUGCAUCGUUAGCACAGAUGAGCGUUUACUCGGCCUCAAACGAUUCCGCCCACCGAACGAAAUCCGGCCUGGACGACACGGAACCGCCCCUAAAACGAGCCGUUUCCCUGUGGCAAGAAAUACGAUGGACCCCGACUGCAAAAUUCAUGGCCACUACAAUUGGAUUUGAUAAUUGCAAUUAUUUUAAUGGUAACCUAAAACAUCCUUGAAAAGUGGGGAUAUACUGCCAUUAAGCAAAACAAAAAGAAAAAGGUCCGCAGGUGCCGAGCUGCGAAUAUGCGAGGGUCCACUGUAUGCGGCCAUAAUUCUUGAUCCAUGGGGCCUUUUGAGAGGGGGGGGGGGGGGGG